AUGUGCUGCCGCUUCUGUCACCGCCGGCAACCGCCCUGUGCGCUGGGGCUGUUGCUGCUGCUGCUGCCGCCCCUUGUCCUUGUAUCUCCCCUGGCAGCAACCACAGCGGUCCCAGGCCGCUGUGACACCAUAUACCAGGGCUUUGCUGAGUGUCUCAUCCGCUUGGGGGACGGCAUGGGCCGCGGAGGUGAACUGGAGAGUGUCUGCAGGUCUUGGAAUGAUUUCCACACCUGUGCCUCGCGAGUCCUGUUGGGCUGCCCCGAGGAGGCCGCCGCCGUGUGGGAGUCACUACAGCAAGAAGCUCGCCGGGCCCCACACCCAGAUAAUUUGCACACUCUGUGCGGCACCCCUGUACGCCUUCAGGACCACGGGACGGGCCCAGAGACCAACCAGGAGACGCUGCGGGCGACAGCGCCCGCACCCACUCUGGCCCCCGAGCCCCCUCUGCUGGCGGCUGCUUUGGCACUCGCCUGCCUCCUGGGUCCUCAGGCCUAG